ACCUUAUCAUAGUAAAACCCGGUCUUAUUUAUUCAUAUUAUAUUGUGAGUAUGCUUCCAUUUUCUUCAUUCUCUUACUCUCCCCUGAUCUGUGAUAUGUGAAUCAGGCGAUUUGAUUCGUCAACCCAGAAAACCUUCUCGAAGCUCACAGGAACCCUUUCUUUAUUUUGUGCCUUUGUGUUAAUUUCUAGAAAAAGAACUGUGGCCGCAAAGGUCAAUUUUUCAAUUUCCCACUUUUCACUUUCUUUCUUUCUCUAUUUUUUUGUAUUACGAAUUUAACCUUUUUUAUUUUCUUAUUUUUAUACAUUUAACAAUGACAGCUCCGCCACUGGUACUUCAAUGGGGUCGCGAACGGUACAUGCUCAAGUACGAUGAGAAUGACAUGCGGGACACAACGCUCGGUCAAUUCAAGGAGGUCUGUCGUGAGGUCACAGGCGUGCCCAGCAACGGAAUGAAGCUUAUUUUCAGUGGCGCUACCAUGAAGGACGAUUCAUCUCCUCUGUCAAAUUAUGGAAUAUACCCGGGGGCCACAGUGAAGCUGAUCGGCAGGAAGGAGGGCGCAGAAAAUAGUGGGCCAGUAACGGAGGAGGAGCGCAAAGAGAGCGCUUUGAUCCACAAAAUCGACGACAUCGCCAACCACGCGACCGACGUUCUCUCGUCACGCAUGCAAGCCUACCUCGCAGACGCACAGCUCUACGUGGACCAAUUCCUUUCCGGAUCCAUGGAUGGACUGCAUGGGGAAGCGCUGAAUGAGAUCAAGGCUAAGGAGCGCAAGAAACUUAACGACGCGUACAUGUUUAUUAACGAAAUGCUUAUGCAAUCCUUGUUAAAGAUUGACUCGCUAGACUGUCCGCCGGAGGCGGAGAAGGCAAGACAGCGUAGGCGACAGGUUGUGAGGAUGCUGCAGUCGUGGAUGGACCAGAUGGACCACAAGAGAGAUAGCGUCAAGCAGGCUGAAGCAACGAUUUCGCAAUAAAAAUACACACAAAAAUUAUAAAAUAUUUUUAUUCUUUGCGCCACACAAUUUCAUCUUUUUUAUACUUUGUGCUCAGUAUUUUUACAUUCAAUUCAUUUUAUUUCUUAACUGCUUU